CUUUUGGAAUUACUUAUCUUUGCUCCACCGUGUUUGAAAACCGUUUACGCAGCCAACUUCAGAAUGGCUGCGUUAAAACUGUGCCUCUAUUUUAUGUUCAUCAGCUCACUUAAGCCUUCGUCGAUCAGCGCUGAGGCAAAAAGCGGUAUCAACAGUAAACAAUGUGGAAUAUCCGAGCCUGUCGGAAGAGUUAUCAAUGGGAGUGCGAUAUCGAAACUUCAGGUUCCUUGGAUGGUUACGGCCAUAAUGUACAAGAAAGGUGGAGAGGCAUUCCUUUGUGGUGGCAGCAUCAUAACUCGCAAUGUCAUCCUCACAGCCGCUCAUUGUAUUGAACACGAUGAGGCUUUGAAACCAUCUGAAGUAUACCGAAUUGAUGUACACUACAACACGACCAGACUUCAGCAAGGCCCAUUUAUUCCGGUGAAGUAUGGGGUUUCCCACAAGAAAUACGAACCCUUCGCUACAAAACUUGGAUAUGACAUCGGCCUAAUGAAACUUGAGAAACCGCUGCCAAAAUAUGACAGGUUUGUUCGCCCAGUGUGCCUACCAAAGCAAGGCCAGAAGACCAAGCCGGGAUCAAUGCUGUUCGCUGGACAUGGUCGUACCGGCUACAAAAAGCGGCAAUCAAAGAUUCUUCUGAGCUAUACCCCAAGAGUAUUGAAAGACAAGGAUUGCCGAACUGCUAUGGCACAGCAAUGGCGAGUAAAGCACGGGAAAAAUAUACCUGUGAUAUGCACCAGACACCCGAACAGCAUGGCAUAUGAAGGUGAUUCCGGAGGCCCUCUCACUGCUUCCAUGAAGAAUGGAAGGUCAACUCAGUUUGGAAUUGCGUCAGUAGGUACACGAAAUUCGAAUGCUGGACCUGCACCUGUAUUAUUCACAAGAGUAGCAUAUUUUAGAAAAUGGAUUGAAAGAGCAUUAAAGAACAUUAAGCACUGGAAAAAGCUAUAUAAUUAGGUCUGCAUUGCCUUCGUAGAAAUAAAGA